AUGACGUACGACUCCGAUGUUGAGAACGGAGGUGCUGCAGACGAACGUUCCCCGAUGCUACGGAGGUCCUCGGAGGCUGCGAAACCCUCGGGUGAAUCCUCGAAGUUCUGGACUGUUUUGCACUUCUUCGGCGGUGGUAUUUAUGCACCUGAUGCUUCGACGUACGACCCAAUCGAAAUCCUUCUCAACACCGACGAUGCAAAAGAGAAGGAUGAGCUGACAGUGAAAUGGAGAGACAACAAAUUGAGCGAGCUGAGCUUCAUUGGUGUUGUUGCGGCGCUCUUGGCAGGAGUACUCACGUCGACUGGGAGUUGGCCUCAAGUCCUGCCCAGCGGACGUGAAUCGCCGUGGCCAAUCAGAACAGCGUGGUACUGCGGCAUCAUCUUAUCGCUCUUCAGCAUCCUGACGGCGGCCGAUCAGACCGUGCGUCUCCAUCGCCUGUCUGCUCAUCGUGAUGGGUUGGAUGGUAUUCGACGAUUGUUGGCCAAGACCAAUGGUGAACGGAAGCGAUCCAAGAAAACUGGCCGUCGAGCCCCCAGCCUGCUCCAGGUCUUCACUUGGCAGAUGCCAGUGAUGUUUCUGACAACAGCUACGAUUAGCAUGAUCACAGGCAUGUUCCUCCAUGUGUGGUCUGCUACAAGGCAUCUUGAGACAGCAGAGUGGUGGGAUGACAACUCCAAAGUUGCACUCACAUUCACGGUUGUGGCCCUCACCUCGGUUGCGUUGUUCUUUGCGGGCCAGAUCUCUCUGUAUACCCCAGAACAGCGCAGGGAGUAG